AUUACUUCCAAAAUGAACUAUUGUUCUAAUAACUCCGUUGUGGCCAUUGUGGAAAGAACGCAGCAUUGCCUAUCAGAAACCUUUACAAAAUAUCAGAAAAAAGUGAGCAAUGAAGCCUGUAAGGCAGUUCGUCGGGUCAUCUGCAGAGAUCCUUCCAAAGCCAUGGAGGUCUCUAUGACCUGCAGGAAAGAAACAAUUUUAUUUUUUAUUCAUAAUAGAAACCGUAAUAGACUAAGAAAAGAGGAGUUCAUCUCCGUGGCUUUAAUAAUUGCAAUACUAUUAUUUUUCUUGCUGGGACUGCACUUGGUUCGUGUCUAUCAUCGGACCUAUGCCUAUGGAGAGGGAGGAUGUCUAUCAACAGGCUUUUGGUUCUACGAAGAGUGCCAGAUAGUUACAUGAAAACAUUGCCUAGUUUGUCUAUUUAAUAUAUUAUUGACAAUGAAGAGACCCACCACAGACACAAAAAGGCACCUUUACACCUUUUGCUAAUUAGGCCGCCGGCAGAUUGGCUAAACUGUGGACUAUUUUUUUGGUAAGAGGAGGGACGGGGCUGCCAAUCAUCAAGCUGUUUAAAUAAUAAAUCACUUUAAAAUUAGUUUGCCAACU